AUGAUUGCAGUACCAACUGAUAAAGGUAGUGAUCAUUAUUGGAUUCUCCCGGGAGCCCACCUGGUCGAGGCGAUAUACGACGCCUGUUCAGAAGAUCCUACUAACCAGCAAGUGAGGGCGUCCAUCAAGGGCGGAGUGAAGGCGUCAGUCUUGGACUACAGGACGCCAGCGGAUAUUCUAGAACACUCCAAAGAAGAUGGCAACGCACUCAAUCACAUGUCUGGUCAGAUUGCGUGGACCGAGAUGAUCGCCGACUGCCCCCGCAUCCAAGACAAGUGGAAGGCCGAUCGGAAAGUCACAGUGGGCGGCCAGGCCGAGUCUGACGAUGCAGAUGUCCCUUGUGAACAGGACGAUGAUCAACAUGCCAAGCGCGGCAAGAAAAAGUUUGAUAACAAGCAGUAUGAGAAUGACUACUCCACGUUCCUGUCCAAGCAUUUCCCUGGCUACUUCCCGAGAGGCUUCAACCAGUUUGACAUGUGCAGGCGUUGCUCCAACAAACUGAAGGACCAUCCUGAUCUAUGGAAUGAGCUUCGCCAUUACUGCGACCAGCACUGCGUGUACUCGGAGCCCAAGUUGAUCAACGCGGAUGUCUGGUACCUGCUCGACAAACUCAUGGGCAAGCUCGAGGAUCAUGGGCUGUGGGACUACUUGAUUACCAUAUUCAAAUAUUGCGUUCCGACGAACGAUGGGACGGCGUGGCUUGUGAAAGAGAGGAAGGAUUGGGACAAGCUUCUCGCUUUGUUUGUUCCGAUGUCCACUGGGGCAGCAAAGCCAGGCGACAAGAUCAAGGCUGCCAAGAUUGCAGAGAAGGCUGCUCAGAAGAAAGCAUUCAAGCUCAAGGUGCUCUCGAAGAAACAAAUGGAAGCCACCAUGAUCACGAAAGUCAAAGGUAAAAAGAGUAAAGAGGCCUCCAAAGCUGCCCCUGCGCCCAAGGACAAGAGCGACGCCUUUUCCGAGUAUUGGGUCGGUGGGGGCUCAGGCAACAUUCUUGCAUUGGAAGAGAUCUUGGGCACGAUCGAGCAUGCGGUAGAUGACAUUGUUGAAGAUGCGCAUUGCAACCAAGAUUUCAUGUGGCAGUGCUUGGACUUGGGCAUCGUCUGGGUCGUGCAAGGUGGCACAGCGUUUGUUCCACCACUGGCGGAUCAGCGAAAGAAGAUCGAUGAGUGCACUGACCCAACGAAGAAGGUCCUCUUCAAUGAGAAGACGCUCCCCGACGGCAUCAAGACAGACCAGUUGAAGGAAGCAGUUGGCAUGGUCACACAGGAGUCCCUGAAGAUCUACAGCAACUUCUUCACGCAGAACAGGCUGGAUAAUGUAUCUCGGCAGGUUGCGGCUCGUUCGCCUUUGGUUUUCAAGAUGAGGCAGCCUGCUCUCCAUACCAUGUCUUCAAACUUGCUGGAGCUCGUGACGGGUGCAGACCUGCAGACGGCUGAUGUCACUUCGGUUAUCGACAUGGUGGGAACUGCGGUCUUCCGUUCGUUUCCUGAGACCAACAUCUUCAAUGAAUUUACCAUUGCUAAAGGCGUAUUGGUCAAAAUCACCGACAUCGCGAGCAUGGUGGAGUCCAGGGCAGUUGACCAGUCCGCGUGGGUGUCUGUAUGGACGAAGGUGGUCACUGAUGUGGCGAACUACUUCAAGCUUCCGAAAUCUUCAACCCAGCUUCGUGACAUGAUGCAAGACUGGGCAACGCAAUUGGAUGAGGAGUGCAACAAGACCGAGGUGAUUAAUAGAGCAAGGUUGAUGGGCUGGAAGGGCAACGUGAAGGAUUCCAAGCAGGACAUCAUCAAGUACCUUGUUGAAAAGAGGGCCGCUGAUGAGAAUGAUAAGGAGAUGGAGGACGACGAGUCUGGCCGCGAGAAGUUCAUGGAUAUUCUGCUUGAGGUUAUUGGCGGCAGUGCCAGCGGUCCUGGUGCGCCCCCGCCGCAGCCGAUCGGAGAUGCCAAAGUGCAAGUAGCUGAUGGGCCCGCGCUCGAUAACUUGAACUUCGCACCCGUGAAGGUGAACCCCAAUGCAAUUGAAUACGAUGUCAAGGCACUUGGAGAUUCGCGCACGCUCGAGCUCAUGAAGUUGCGGCGCGUCGACGAAGGCAUCUCCAUGAUCAAGCACAGGAUUCAUUCACGACCCGAUGGUGAUUCUAUAUCGUCCAAGAUGUACUGCAACUUCCCAUCUGGUGCUGGUACGACUUUGAAGCUCCACUUCAUAGGGAAAGUUUCUCUCUUGAAAUACGGGGUGCUUCCUUCGGCCAGGCACGUCAUGAAGCUCGGCACGGUGAAGAUCCCCGAGGGUUCUGGUGCAGUGUACACUGCGUGGGGAACGCCGACGACGGGCAUGACAAAGUCGAUCGGUCCCGAGUUCGCGCCAGCUUGGGGCGUGACCAGGUUGCCCUUGCUGAAUGGGAAGCUUGGCGCUGAGAACGCUCCUAGCCUCAAGCUGGCCUUCCAUGAUGUUCAUAUUCCAGCCUGCACUGCAGGCUACAGCACACCAGCCAUCACUCUUUCUGUGCCGCCCCUGGUUGUGAAUGAGCGUAUCUUCGAGAUGGAGAUGGGUGGGCCGUGGACCGAGCUCACCAGGCUCGAGUUCGCUGAGGAGAAGCAGGUGAAGGAUGCUGCAGGUGCUGGCGCGAGCUUGCGCAAGCGCACGCUGAAGCUCGGCGACAGCGACGAGGCGCACGCCGAGCAGGUCCUCAAGCUGGCCAAGAGGGCGGCUGCCUAG